AUGUCAUUCGCGCAGAACGGGAGUGCCGCCUCGACCCCGGCGCAGCAGAGCAAGCCCGAGCCGAUCGCUACUCCUGUCUCGGGUGAGGGCAGCACUUCUGGAGGCUACGCGUUCGACCCUGACGCGCUGCGCAACUUGAUUGUCAACUACCUACCACCGCUGAUGAAUGAGGCGCAGGUGUACGAGCUGUUUGGCCAGUUUGGCAGGAUCGAGAGUGUUAAGAUUAUCUACGACAAAAUCACUGGCGAGAGUCGUGGCUACGGGUUUGUGAAGUACCAAUUCUUCUUCUCCGCCACCUACGCCGUAUCCUGCUUGAACCGGUUUGAGAUUGGCGGCAAGAAACUGAAGGUGGCAUACGCGAACGCCCCGGCAGCCAAGGAGGCGUACGACAUGCUGCGACACUCGGCGGUGGCGCUGAACGUGCAGCAGCAGCAGGCCAUGCAGUCCAUGUACUACCACCAGAUGAUUCUUGCGCAAGAGCAGCAGGGGACGUCAGCCGCGAGCUCGGUUACCGCCUCGGCUCCGAUGUUUGGUGGCGCCGACUACGGCCCAUACAUGAAUAGAGUGGGCAGCGGCUACGCGGUGAGGCAACGCGACAGCGGUGCCGGCUAUGCGCAAGGCAUGUAUCCGGGAAUGGCGGCGGGCGGUGCCGUCUACCUUGCCGGUCCGUCCGCAAGUGGUAGCCGGAUUAUCACCCCAGCCAUUGCCCCAAUCGGCUUCUGA